AUGAGAUUGACCACCCUCUCCAUCGCCCUCGCCGGCGCCGCAUCUGUCCACGCAGUCGGUGAUUCCGCGAAAAAGAUCAUCGCCGACCUGCAAUCCAUCCAAAACCUCACGGAAGCCGUCACCGGCGCCGUCAAUGCCUUCAAUGGCUCCCUCGCCCUCGCUCUCCCCAUCACAGUAGCAACCAACGACGUCCUCGCUAAAAUCUCCUCGUCAACCGAAGACGCCAAGACCGCACAGCCCUUCAGCAACGCCGACGCGACAGCUCUCGGCCCAUACACGCAGGAUCUGGCCUACGCCGUCAACUCCUCCAUCGCGGCCCUGAUUGGCAAGAAGCGUGAGUUCGAGUCGGGAAAUCUCUCGCCGAUUGUUAUUCAGUCCCUGGAAGGCCAGAAGAACUCGAGUAAGAUCUUUUCGGAUACUGUGAGUAUGCUAGUGCCGGAGAACACCAGGAGCGUGGCGCAGGCGUUGAGUUCGCAGACGUUGGAGAGUAUUCAGCAGGGGAUUGAUUGCUUCAGCGGGAUGAACCAGACUUGCAAUCCGACGAAUUACUUCGAGGCUAAGGCGAUGGCGGAGGCGGCGGAAAAGGCGGCGACUGGUGGUGUGGGGAGGUCUGCGGCGAGCUUGGGUGCGGUGGUCGUUGCUGGGCUGGUUGCGUUCGUGACGCUAUGA